AUGAAUGUCAAUACCUAUGUGAUGUUUUCUCUCUUCUUCGUCUUGCUCGGGCUAUUUAAUGGCUUUCACUCUGUUUCUGUUGUGGCUUCCGAUCAGGCAUUGUUGUUGAAUUGUGGUUCUAAUGAUGAGGCCACGGAUGAUAAUGGCCGAAAAUGGACCUCCGAUUCCAAAUUCCUCGACGGCAAAAAUACCCUAGCCGCACCUGCUGGAUUUCAAGAUCCGUCCAUGACUUCGCAGGUUCCGUACAUGGAGGCUAGGGUGUUUACGGCAGUGACGGCUUAUAAAUUUCUGAUCAAACCUGGUAAUCGCUACUGGCUUCGACUCCAUUUUUACCCUUCCACAUACGGCCCUCAUGAUUCUGCAAGUUCUUAUUUCACCGUCGUUGUGAAUGAUUUGAUCCUUGUGAAGAAUUUCAGUGCUUAUCUCACAUGUCAGGCCUUCACUCAGGCCUACAUUGUUCGCGAAUUUUCACUCGCGGCUUCCGAAUCUGAAUCCCUGAGUUUGACAUUCACGCCUGUUUCUGGAUUUGCCUUUGUUAAUGGGAUUGAAUUGAUUCAAAUGCCGGAGAUCUAUGGGAAGGCUAGAAUGGUGGGUGUAGGGGACCGCAUCAUGGAUUUGGCCCCGUCGAGUAUGCAGACGAUGGUAAGAUUGAAUGUCGGCGGGAGCUAUAUUUCUCCAGCGAAUGAUUCCGGCCUGAGUAGAGCAUGGUAUGAUGACUUUCCUUAUCUUUAUGGUGCUUCUGAGGGCGUUACAGUUGAAGCUUCCAAAAGUUUGGUGAUUCAUUAUAGAGAUAUGCCGAAGUAUAUUGCACCUGUAGAACUUUACAGGUCAUUGAGAUCAAUGGGUACAUUAAAUGGUGUGAAUGUGAAUUUCAAUCUGACAUGGUUGUUUCCUAAUAUUGAUCCCGGGUUCAUGUAUCUUGUGAGGUUACAUUUCUGUGAUCUGUAUAUGAGUAAGCCAAAUCAGGUGGUGUUUGAUGUGUUCAUUAACAAUCAAACUGCAGAUGUGAACGGGAUCGAUGUGAUAGCUUGGGCAGGUGCCGCGGGGGUUCCUAAAUUCAGGGAUUAUGUUGUGUUUUCUCCAGAAGCACCAUCAAUGCAACAGAUUCAGCUGGCAUUGCAUCCUAGGCUGUCGGAUGGGCCUGAAUAUGCGGAUGCUAUGUUGAAUGGGGCCGAGAUAUUCAAGCUUGAAUCCGGUAAGAACUUGGCAGGGAAGAACCCUCAACCCUCAGCCUUUAGGAUGAAGAUUGAGAGUCAAACAGAGAGAAAUUUUGAAGCAAAGAGCAACAGUGCUGAAGUCAUUGGUGGGGCUGCAGGGGCGGCUGCAGUUUUUGUUGUGAUUGCAAUUUGCUUUGCAGUUUACUAUAGGAAGAACGGAAGGUCAAGGACUGAUCCACAUACAACUAGCUGGUUACCGAUCUAUGGGAACUCACAUUCGACUGGGAGCAAAUCAACGGUGUCGGGGAAGAGUACUGCAAGCAAUUUGGCUCAAGGUUUGGCUCGGCAUUUCUCGCUUCCAGAGAUUUUACAUGCUACCAAGAACUUUAGUGAAUCUAAUGUGAUUGGGGUUGGAGGAUUUGGGAAGGUGUACAAGGGAGUGAUUGAUGGAGGAACAAAAGUUGCUAUUAAAAGGUCGAACCCGUCAUCAGAACAAGGAGUUCACGAGUUCCUUACGGAAAUCGAUUUGCUUUCGAAGCUGAGACACAAGCACUUGGUAUCCUUGAUUGGUUUUUGUGAUGAAGACAAUGAGAUGUGUUUAGUUUAUGAUUACAUGGGUUUGGGAACUAUGAGGGAGCAUCUGUAUAAGACCAACAACAAAACUCGUCUCUCAUGGAAGCAAAGGCUGGAGAUUUGUAUUGGAGCAGCUAGAGGACUUCACUACCUUCACACAGGAGGGCAGUACACCAUCAUUCAUAGAGAUGUUAAAACUACCAACAUUCUCUUGGAUGAAAACUGGGUUGCAAAGGUUUCCGAUUUCGGGCUCUCGAAAACUGGUCCGGACAUGGCUCAUGGUCAUGUUAGCACGGUAGUUAAGGGUAGCUUUGGCUACUUAGAUCCAGAGUACUUCCGGAGGCAACAACUGACUGAAAAAUCUGAUAUCUAUUCUUUUGGGGUUGUCCUGUUUGAAGUGUUGUGUGCAAGGCCUGCUCUAAAUCCAAGCCUGCCAAGGGAACAGGUUAGUCUUGCGGAAUGGGCGUUGCACUGCAAACGAAAAGGAGUUCUUGAGGAUCUCAUCGACCCUCACCUCAAAGGUAAAAUCACCCCUGAAAGCUUGAACAAGUUUGCAGAUAUAGCUGAGAAAUGCCUGAAUGAUCAUGGAGCCGAGCGACCGUCUAUGGGCGAUGUAUUGUGGAACCUUGAAUUUGCUUUCCAACUUCAUGAAAAUGCCAAUGGCGGUGGCUCGAGUCAUAGUUCGAGGAUAAAUGAUGAAGAUAGCCACAUAAACGAAUACAUGGCUGCACAUUACAACAACCUCAACCUUGGAAAUGACCAAGACUCACUUCAAUCCAGUGAACAAAAUAGUACUGCAAUCUUCUCUCAACUUCUCCAUCCACAAGGACGAUAAUGCGCGAAAACCUCUUCGACAUCGUUCCUGUGCCCCCUGAACAAGGUGCCUAACCAGUGAACAAACAAAAACCAUAGGAGUUCAAGCAUGUUGAACUUGAGGGAGCGUUGUAUUUAUGUUGGUAUUAGCUAUUGGGUGUUUCUGGAUGUUUUCAUUGGACAGUAUACGCAUUGGAAUCUGUAAUUCACACACAACAAACUUGAUCAGACUCAAAUUCAGCCUGCUGCCUGUUCCUUAUGAUAAAGUUAUACUCACAGAAUAUUUUAGCUCUUUGCAAAGAACAGGUACGUGCACAUGCUAUCUUCUAGGAGCUGUCUCAGAUGAUCAAGUUAGUUUUUCAUUUCUCUUAAGUGGGUUUUUCUUUCUGCAUCCUUCAAAUGUUGCUGAUUAGAUGUUAGAUAUUAGGGGCUGGAAUGAUCAUUGCCAUUGAUGUGUAUAUUUCCUAAUUUGGGUUGUUGUACCUCGUCGAGCAAUGGACCUGUUAAUGCUCUCGAUAUCAGGUUUAGUUUUUUCCUUUUUUUUAAAUGGUAUUAGUAUUGGUAAUUUAGGUUGUACUCUCGUCGA